CUCUUAGAGACCAACAGCUAACUAAUCUAAUUAGUAUCCUUCACCAAGCAAUUUGAACAAGAUUAAGGAGCGCAGCAAAUUCGCCGAAUCGUACACAUACGAUCCGAACUGCGCUAGCUUCCGCCCUGUCGUGGUCGAUUCUUUACAGGACGGCAAAAUUGUUGAUGGAUUCGAAAACGAUCACAUAUUUGAGCGCAAGAUGCUGCCUGUCUGGGGCGACAACGCGCUCCAGGGAUACCUCGCAGGCAAUGAAGACGCCAGCCAUCGGGUACCGUACGAUUUCUUCACAAUAUCCUUGCAACAAAUCGACGCAUCAGGCGCCACUAUCCAAGACCGUAUGAUGAUUGCGCUUGGGAGCAACACGAACCGCGACGUGAUGACGUUACUAGUUAAGGACUUAAACCUCGUAAAAGAGAGGUUAUGGACUACCACAGAAUCCCCUAUCGGCGACACAAUGAUGGAAAAUCUAGUCUAUGGAACAAGCACAAUCACGGCAUGCCCAAAUCAGGGAAUGGACAAAAUCAGAAAAGUCCUCAUCGUCUACCGAUGGCACAUGGAGCGAGAACCGCAUAGACGCCUUAAAAAUGUCAUGAAUAACCUUCGAGCUCUCCUCCACGAAGCAGACCUACACUACGAGAGAACACACAACGGCCAGAAAUCUUACGCAGUAGAGCACUUUGACGCCUGGACCAAGACGACAUUUGAGGUAAUGAGGGAUAGAAUCAAGGCUUGGGGCCAGAAUUGGCUAGACGAACUGAACAUACCUGCCAUCACUAAUAGUUAUGUGGGUAAUAGCAUUCGACAGAACCUAGUUAUUGCCUACGGCAAUAUCCCUGACAUUGACACAACGGACUUUUACGUCCCAGAUUAUUCAUAGUUAGAUGGCAGAGGAGCUAGGAGACGUUGAUCCAGUGGGUUCGGUCUUAGGGGACCUAACUGCCAGGACAAAAAGACGGUCAGAUGUUGUAAUCUAUCCUUAAAGAUGUCACUGUAUCUGCAGCAAAAUGAUACUAUCCCCUAUUAUUGAUAGAAGUGCGAGGUGUUGCGGAAAUCAUCGCUGAAGUCCAUACCCCUGGUUCUUGUGCCGCCUAGAAGCUCGAGGGGCUGUACUGUGAUGUACAUAGCUGAGAAUCGAUGCUAGAAAUUUGAG